CCCAUGUCCUCCCUCAACUGCUUAUUGCACAUCCGCAGAAUCGCACCAUACUCCCCGCAAUCCUUUCCGCACUUGAUGUGCCCGCGUAUCCUGCCCUAGGCGGUGUGGCGCACGUGAUCAAAGACGCGGUGGACACUUUCCACUUUGAGGCAUUCGCACCCGACGUACUUGAGCAGGCGCGAACGCAUGAAGACGGUGAGCAGGUGAGGCGCAUUAUGGUGCUCGCGCCGGGAGAAUUGCCCUCAAAUAAAAUAACCCCGCUAUUUGAUGUGCGCGGGUAUUUCGAUGCAUUACGGGAAGCGAGAAAGCACGAGGAACCGCCGACUUCGGAAAAAGCCAGGGAUGAGGAAGGAUGGGGCCUGGGAGAGGCCCUGCUCUAUGGCGAAGUGAUUACCAGCACGCAAACAAUGCUAGACAAAAAUCCACAUCUUCUCAACAUCCUCCCCUCCCCGCUCCUCUCUCUCGCAACCCACCAGCUCGCCGGCCGUGGACGCGGUGCGAAUACGUGGCUCUCACCCCUUGGCUGUCUCCAAUUCUCUCUACUCCUGCACGUCCCGCUCUCUGCGCUCCCCGCGGCGCGCCUCGUAUUUGUGCAGUACCUUUUCGCACUCGCCGUCGUGCGGGCAUGUCGUGAUCCCCGUGGGCUUGGUGGGGAUCGUGGCGCAGGCGUACGGCUGAAAUGGCCAAAUGACAUCUACAUAGAGAUGAGAGGCGGGGAGCGGAAGAAGGUCGGCGGGAUCCUCGUGCACACAAGCUUCUCAGGGGGAAAGGUCGACCUCAUCGUCGGGUGCGGCUUGAACGUGGCGACACCCGCACCGCUCGCGUCGCUUGCAUUCCUCGCGACACCCGGGGGCGCACCAUCGCCAGAAAUGAUGCUUGCGUUGAUCAUGACCAAGUUCGAAAGCAUGUGGGAGGAAUUCAUUCGCGCGCGCGGGAGCUGGGCACAGUUCGCGGACGCGUACCUGGACGCGUGGAUGCACUCAGACCAGCUUGUGACGCUUACGACGGUCACCCCGCCGCGCGCGGUGCGCAUCGUGGGCAUCACGCCCGACUAUGGGCUGCUCAGAACUCUUCCGGAGCGCGGGGCGUGGAGCGUCGGUGGCAGCGCAGACACGGGGUUUAUCGACCUGCAGCCAGAUGGGAACAGCUUUGAUUUGAUGGCGGGACUGAUCAAGGCCAAAACGUGAACGAAGAGCUGAAAAUCUGUACAACGCAAAAAGGUUAAAUGCACGAGGUGUGGAAGAGGUCAAGAUCGCACUCAACUGUGUAAUAGUAUUCAUAUUGGCGCUCAUACGUGUACCUUGGAUGACCUGACAGCAAGUUCGUUGAUGCGCUGCUGACGCUGUU